AUGUUGCUCCAGCUUCUCUCUGUCCUCUGGGAGGCCUUGUCCUUGCAGGUCGUUCUGGUGUUUCUGGCUACAUUUCUACUUCUUGCUGAUUUCAAGAAAAAGAUUCGCCCAAGGAAUUUCCCCCCAGGGCCCAUGUGUCUUCCUUUUUUGGGUAACUUGCUACAUAUGGAUUUCAAGAAUCCUCAGAAUGCAGUACGAAAGGUAAGGAUGAAGGAAAGAGCCAUGGCAUGAGUUGAAAACAUUGCACCCCCAGAUUUAGGGUGGUGGGGUCAGUUCCUUCGUUUAGGGUGCCAAGCCAAGUGGGCCAAAAUUGAGAAGAUCCAUUUGGAGGCGCCAGAUUUUGGCCUCACUCAGUGUGCCAUACAACCAAAGAUUAGCAAAGUUAACCCCUGUUUUGCGCUGGAAAGGCAUGCAAGACCCUUGCAGGAUAAGUUGCUUCCUAGUUUAGCAUCCUGAUUCCAAGAAUGGUCAGCUGGAUGUCUGUGAGAAGCCCACACAUGGGGCCCCAAGACAAAUGCCUUUCUGUUUGUUCCCAGCAUCUGGUAUCCAGAUGUGUAUUACCUCUGAACUCAGAGGAUCUGUUUUACCUAACAGUUAUUUGUACCAAAUCUGUCUCCACAGCUUUCUUUUGCUUUCUGUGGUUUGCAAAGUAUUUUGUGUGUUUUGCAUGGACAGGCGGAGUCCCCCCAUUCCCAGGCGACCCCCGGGUAGAUUUAUGACUCAAGACACUGUGCUAUGGGAUGAAAAUUGGCCACAACAUUAUUAGAACUUCGGAUGUAGGGAGACCUUGGCUUAGGCCUUGGGCGUUUAUCCCUCCCAGUCCAUGGCCAGGGAGCUGGGGAACAUCAGGGUUAUCCAGAAUGUGUGGGGAUUGGGCUGGCUCUGGAGAAUGUCUGUCAAGCAGAGAGCCCGCCCCCCAUUUCUCCGUCGUCACAAGGGAGAGUAAUGACAACCAAUAGGCGUAUGGCCAAUGCCUCCCCUCUUACAACCCCUUUAACGGGGAACCCUGGGAUCGCCGCCACAGGGGGGGCAUGGGUCACCGCUUAACGUCCCCCCCCCAUUAGGGAAGAUAGACUAAAGGAUUCCGCCAAAGGCCUGAAACCGCCAAAGUUGUGACGUUUUGCUACAGGGAAGGUAAAACCUGCCAAUGCAGGAAAAUUCCUUUCCGGCCCUUCAACAGCGACCUUAGCAUAGCAGCGCCCGCAUACCUGUAAAGAAGUUAGCCUGCAAAAGAAAACUUAACUGAGGGAGGGCAGGAUGGGAGAAGCUCUGGAGUCAACUGAGGAUUCCCAGGUAAGACCCUCCCUCUAUUGUGUGGCCAGGGUGGUCCUUCCCCUUACGUGGCCAGGUCCCGCCGGGACUGGAUAACAGGCAGAGGUAGGCGGAGACCUCCAGGAGUCUGGCUGGGGGGAGAAGCCAGGAUAUACUCCCGGGAGCCGCUUAGGUCCAGGGGGUCUGCUCGCGACCACGCAAAAGGCGCCCCCCAUUUGAUGUGGAGAGCCGUCAUUGGUGUACAUUGUCCUACCCUCCCUCCCCUUUUAUCUUUGCAACAACCCUGUGUGGUAGAUGAGGCUAAGUUGCCACAAAUACAUAAGCAGCAGCUCUUGUGAAUAGAAGACAGGUGGAGGAUGGAGGGGGCCUGUCCAUGUACAGUCCCCGGAAACCCUUUCAGCAUUUCUGAUAUCCCUGAUAUAUUUGAUGGCAACCAAAGUUUCCAUCUUCCAUAUAAGCAUCAAAGAAGAACCAGGUAUGCGCAUGUGCGUGAACACACACACACACACACACAAUUCUUCUUUCUCACUCUCCUUCCAGUUUUCCAAAAAAUACGGCAAUGUGUUCAGCGUUCAGGUUGGAAGCAUGCGUUUUGUGGUUGUGAGUGGAUUGCAACUGGUGAAGGAAGCUCUUGUUCAUCAGGGUGAAAACUUUGUAGACCGGCCCACAUCUCCUGUUAAUGCUGAAAUAUUUGGGUCUUUUGGUAAGUUUCUUUUAACAUGGUCAAUUACUGAGAUAGUUAAAGUUUGCUUUUCCCUUUUCUUUUCUUUUCUUUUCUUUUCUUUUUUUCUUUUCUUUUUCAUUCUCUGCACUGAUUUUGCAAUCUUUUGGAUUGUUUCUCAAGUUUAAAUUUUCAGAACUGAUUAUUUCCCUAAUUUGCAUUUGCAUUUCUUGCAUCUUUAAACCAAAAUAAGGCAGUUGUAGUAAAGCUGUGGCAUAGACGUAUACCUGCUAAACUCUUUAGCUUAACUGAGCUCACUGUUCAGUGUUGGGUGGCAAUCAAAGAGUCUGGCUGUGUAGUGCAUCAAACAGCUUGUCAUUAUUAUGGGUAGAGGAAUCUCUGAGUUUUUUCUUUCAUUCAGUUCCUCAUUUUUCCGUUCCUCAGUUUGCCACACUAUUGCAUCUAAUAACAUUUCAUUUAAUGCAUUGUUUCUGCAACUGAGAAUACCGUAAGAUUGCAUUUAAAUUGCAAGCUGAAGUGACUUUCUGCCCCAUCCCUAGUAGUGAUGGAAUAAUAUGUCAACAUUAAGUAGUGCAUGAAUCCCUCCUACUAUUGGUCCUCCCCAAUACCAAGAAUAAGAGAGGUGACAACCAAUAUUUGGGUGAUACCAGGCUACACCUUUAUUGACAACACAUGUAAGAAGUUUGGCAUAGGCAUUGGGUAGAUCCCACCCCUUCCAGCCCACCUGCUAAAAGAACUUGUGUUUGGGGGUCAACCAGAAAUGAGAGAGCUCCUGCCCUACAUCAAGGGGUAACUCCCCCGCUGGAUUGCAUAUAGGGAAUGCUGUAGCCCCUCGCUUUCACCUGGGUGUCUAGACUGAAGCAUCUUCCCGGACCCAAUUUCAGAAGGGCCAGACAGAGGCUAUAACCUCCCUCCAAGCAAGACUAUGUCUAUCUAAUGCCUAAACUGCCAAAGUUCUGACAACUGCUAUGAAGAUGGAAAAACCAAAGGGCUGGAGCCAAUCUGCCAACUGGGAAAAUUUCAACCUGGCCCCAAAUAUGGCAACUGGCUGUACCAUAGCAAGGUCAAACAGAACAACAUGCAACAGCAGUAUAUAAAGGAUGGGAGAUCCAACAGUAAGUGGCUGCAGAGAAAGCCACAGUCCUAUGUCAUAUACUGGGUGACCCAUGCCUGCUCACAUAUUAGGUAAGUGGACGGGACCAAUUACUCAGGCAGGAAGCUCAGCCCAGAGGCUUCCUUUGCUGACUGGGAAACGGUCCCUGGGAGUUCCCAAAUCAGAACUUGUCACAUGGGGGAAUGCCAGCCUGCAAUGGCAUCCAACAGGAAACAUGAGUGGACUUCUUAUUCAACCAUAGCCAACCAGAGAAGUUGCUUCACGCAUACAGACCUGAUCCAUGAAGCAUUCUGGAGCAAGAUGCAAUUCAGAUGACUGUUGGGUUCAUGCCAGGUUGCUUCUUUUCUGCUUAGGCCAGUAGUUGUGAUUAAAGUAAAUUUGUGCCAAUUGCACCACAGUUUUCAAUGCAAAGCUGCCAAGAAAUGAAUGGCCUUUAUGAAACAACACUCCCCCUUAGCAGUAAGUAGAGGUCAAGAGUGGGGUCACUGGCAUGGACUCAGGAAUUUGGAGUCUGUUGUGACACCUAAUGCCCAUUAAAAGCUGAUGAGCAGAGCCGCCCCUGCAAUUGCAUCCAACUAUAUAAAGAAAGGGGAAAGCAGUGGGAAUGGAAGCAGGUCCCUUUGAGGUCCACAGGUGCCCAACACGUAGCAAAAAAGUUGUGCAAAUGAAAUGGAAAAGAGAAAUCUAUUCAUAGUGAGCAAAUGAAGGGUGUGAAUAAUUACAGAAGGGGCUAGAGUGGGACUCCCCAUUUAAAAUUUAAUACCUCUUAAUUCCAGAAAGGGGACACGGGUGGCGCUGUGGGUUAAACCACAGAGCCUAGGACUUGCCGAUCAGAAGGUUGGCGGUUCGAAUCCCCGCGAUGGGGUGAGCUCCCGUUGUUCGGUCCCUGCUCCUGCCAACCUAGCAGUUCGAAAGCACGUCAAAGUGCAAGUAGAUAAAUAGGUACCGCUCCAGCGGGAAGGUAAACGGCAUUUUCAUGCGCUGCUCUGGUUCACCAGAAGCGGCUUAGUCAUGCUGGCCACAUGACCCGGAAGCUGUACGCAGGCUCCCUCGGUCAAUAAAGCGAGAUGAGUGCUGCAACCCCAGAGUCGGCCACGACUGGACCUAAUGAUCAGGGGUCCCUUUACCUUUACCUUUAAUUCCAGAAAAGGAAUACCAGAGUUGCCUAAUGGACCUCAGAAAUGAAGGAGUAAAAUAUAUUGACUGUAUGAUUUUACAACUGUUAAAACUGUUGCUUUUUAAAUAAAAAUCUAUAUGCUGCCUUUCUAUCAAGAGCUCCCACAGUGUUUCACAGGACAAAAUAAAAUUAGUAUUAAAAAUUCUACCCAAACAGUGAAACACACAAAAAGCAAAUCAAUGAAACAGCAAACAGCAGAAUUCAGAGCAACCAGAUAAAAGCCACCAGCACAAAUUAGCUAGUUUCUAAUGCCUUGCAGUCUUUCCAACAUGUCCUGAGCAGGCAAGCAGAAUAAUGGAAAGCAGAGGGGAGUCCAUCUUGGAAUUAACAGGAUUUCUAAAUCUACUUACUUGCUGUACAUACUUAUUACUCCUUCCUAUCUAGGACUGGUCUUAUCUAAUGGUCUCAGCUGGAAACAACAAAGACGAUUUGCCUUAUCAACACUCAGAAACUUUGGUUUGGGCAAAAGGUCUUUAGAAGAACGAAUACAGGAGGAAACCCGUUACUUAAAUGAAGCAAUAGAAGCUGAGAAAGGUGAGAACCAGAGUCAACAAUCCUGUGGCCCAUCUAUGAUACUUACCUUAAGUUGCUACUUUGUAUGAACUAGGUCAAAACUACAUCAGCUAGGGUGCAAAGCUUUCUGGCAUUAUUUCUUCACACAAAUGUAGCUCUGCUUGGACUGGAAUGACCCUGUGAUGGCGAAGGGGGUUUGAUAGGAAGCUCCACAGAGGCUCAUUGUGGUGCACAAAAGUUCUAGUGUGAAGCUCUGUGUUGGAACCUGCCAUGGGAGCUAAAAGCCCCUGAACUAGAACAGAAUAAGAACAAAGGUUGGGUUUUGAGGAUAUCUGCAGAUAUAUAUAUAUAUAUAUAUUUAUUAAUUUUCCAAUAAAAACAAAUUUAUAACACAAUUAAACAUUAGGAACUCAUCACACGUCUUUUUUCUUUUAGACUUCCAUCAACAUGUCUGAUAAUUUUCCAUAUUUAUUACAUAUCUUCACAUUUCUUAAUUUAUAUUGCACUAUAUAUAUCUUAUCUUACAAUGUUAUUUAAACAAUAUUUCUACCAAACCUUCUUACAGAGCUUCUUGGAAACUUACAAACGUUAUAUCAUUAUCACAAAUAUUUUUAAUAUAUUCUGUAUAUUUAUUCCAGUCCUCAGUGAAUCUUUGGUCCCGUCGGUUGCGAAUCCUCCCUGUUAAUCUGUCCAGUUCUGCAUAAUCCAUUAAUUUCGUUCUCCAUUCUUCAAUCAUGGGUGUGGGAGUCAUAAAGCCACGGCAAAGGCUUGUAAUAUUCCAGGGUGCCCCCUGACCUCGGCUGACCAGCACUCUGAGCUUUACAGUGUAUUGGAAUGUAUUGACCUUAAAUGGAGUUGUGUUUCCUCUGGGCAGUGAUGACCCUAUAUGGUGAUGGGUGUAAUAAAAGCCUUGACCGGAUGAGGUAACGUGAGACAUUGGCAAACGGCCAUGCGGCUGGAGAGAGACAAAGGAUAAUAAAAAAGCUACGGGAGGAGAGAGAAGUUCGAAAGGAGCUGCUCAUACCAUCCUGAAAAUAUUGCUGGCUCUCUGUGUCUUUAUUUUAUGCUAAACUGCGCCAUUUGUAAUGGCUGGCUCCAACACGUGGGCAUUUCUUCUUGUUUCCAUUUCUGGGCCAAAAGAGUUCUAGCUGCUGUUACUGCAUACAAAAAUACUUUCUGAUCCUUCCUUUUUAUCUCACCACCUAGAAUUCCUAAUAGGAAUGCUUCUGGUUUUUUAACAAAUGUAUAUUUCAAUAUUUUCUUUAUCUCAUUAUAUAUCAUUUCCCAGAAGCACUUCAUUUUUUUACAUUCCCACCACAUAUGAUAAAAUGUUCCUUCUUUCUCCUUACAUUUCCAACAUUUAUUACUCACCUUAUACAUCUUACUUAAUUUGACUGGUGUUAUAUACCAUCAAUAUAUCAUUUUCAUAACAUUUUCUUUAAUUGUGGUGCAUGCUGUAAAUCUCAUCCCUUACUUCCAUAAUUUUAUCCAGUCAUCAAAUUGAAUGUUAUGUCCAAAAUCUUUGGCCCAUUGAAUCAUAACUGAUUUAACCUCUUCAUCCUUCAAAUGCCAUUCUAAUAGUAAUUUAUACAUCAUAGAUAAUUUUUUAACUUCAUUAUUCAAUACUUCUCGUUGAAACCUAGAUUCUUUUUCAAAAUAGCCUCUUUCUGCAACCUCUUUUCUAAACAUUUCAUUAAUCUGAAAGUAAUGCAGCCAAUCAUUUACAUGUUCUUUCACUUCUUCAUAUGGUUUCAUUUUCCACUUACUUCCCUCUUUCUCAAUUAAACUCCCAUAUGUUAUCCACCUCCUAGUCAUAUUGAUCUUUUUAACACUCAUCACCUCUAAUGGUCAUAGCCAAUGUGGGAUUUUUGGUUCCAGUAGGUUUUUAUACCUACCCCAUACCUCAAUCAGAGAUCCUCUAAUAAUAUGAUUUUCAAAACCUUUAUGCACUCGUUUCUUUUCGUACCAUAAAUACGCGUGCCAACUGAAUCUAUUAUCAUAUCAUUCCAAAUCUAACAAAUCUGUAUUUUCUAAUUUCAUCCAUUCUUUCAACCAACAUAUACAUGAUGCUUCAUAGUAUAACCUCAAAUCUGGCAGGGCAAAGCCUCCCCUCUCUUUUAAAUCUGUUAACAACUUAAAUUUUAUUCUUGGCUUUUUGCCCUGCCAUAUAUAUCUUGAAAUCACUUUUUGCCAAUCUUUAAAUAUUGCAACUCCUUUAAUUAUUGGAAUUGCUUGGAACAGAAACAAUAUUUUCGGUAACACACUCAUCUUUAUCGUUGCAAUUCUUCCCCAAAAUGAUAAUUUCAUUCUACCCCACACCUCUAAAUCUCAUUUAACUUUAUUCCAUACUGGUACAUAGUUAUUUUGAAACAAAUCAAUAUUCCUGGAGGUCAAUACAAUCCCUAAAUAUUUCACUUUCUUUACCACCUCAAUCUCUGUCUGUUGCUGUAUUCUUUCACUAGUUUCUUGGUCUAUGUUUCUCACCAUUAUUUUGGUUUUUUUCUUAUUCAAUUUAAACCCUGCCACCUGUCCAAAUUCUUCCAUUUCUUUUAGUACUUCUUUAAUACUCUUUAUAGGAUCUUCUAUCGUUAUAACCAAGUCGUCAGCAUAUGCCUUUACUUUAUAUUGAUUACCGCCAACUGAUACUCCUUUUAUCUGUUCAUUGUUUCUUAUUGAGCUUAAUAAGACUUCCAGGACCAAUAUGAAUAGCAACGGUGAUAGAGGACACCCUUGUCUUGUACCCUUAGUUAUUGUAAUAUUUUCCGUUAUUACAUUAUUGACAAUUAGUUUUGCUCUUUGUUCGGAAUAUAUUGCUUUUAUACCAUUUAGAAAAGAUUGGCCCACAUCCAUCACUUCUAAGUUUUUUAACAUAAAUUCCCAAGAAAUAUUAUCAAAGGCUUUCUCCGCAUCCACAAAAAUUAACAUUGCUUGUUUAUCCUUCCUGUUAGUCAGAUAUUCCAUUAUAUCAAUUAUAUUUCGUAUGUUGUCUUUCAUCUGUCUACCAGGAAGGAAACCUGCUUGAUCUUUCUGUAUCAUUUCCUUUAAAAUUCUUUUCAUCCUAUUUGCCAAAAUGUUUGCGAACAUUUUGUAAUCAUUAUUUAAUAAUGAGAUCGGCCUGUAAUUCUUCACUUGGGUCAGAUCUGAGUCCUGUUUGGGAAUAAAAGUUAUAUAGGCUUCUUUCCAAGUUUCUGGUAUUUCCUCCUUUUUUAAAAUGUUAUUCAUCACUUCUUUUAAUGGUACAGACAGGGUAUGUUUCAUUUCUUUAUAGUAUCUUGCACUAAAUCCAUCCGGUCCCAGUGUCUUCCCACUUUUCAAUUCUCUUAUUGCAUUUUUAAUUUCAUCCAUUUCGAUCGGCUCAUUCAGUUUAUUUUUAUUGCAAUUUGAUAUUUUCUGCACCUCUUUCUUCUUUAAAUAGUCCUCUAUUUCUUUUGUAUUACCUCUCCCCUUUCUUUUAUACAAUUCUCUAUAAAAAUCUACAAAUCCUUUCCUAAUUCCUUUCGGAUUUUCAAUAUCUUGAUCUUCCACUUUUAUUUUGUUUAUUGUAUUUUGCUCUUUCCUUUUUCUAAUUUGCCAAGCCAGCCAUUUCCCAGACUUAUUUGCAUUAUUAUUAAUUAUUAAUUUAUUAUUAUUAUUAUUAUUAUUAUUAUUAUUAACUAUCAUGGCAAAUUGAGUUUGAAGCACUUUUAUAUUUUGUUUCACUUUUUCAUCCUUGGGCCUAGUAGUUAAUUUUUUCUCGUUUUCCAUAAUUUGUUUUAGGAUUUCCUUUUCCCCUUUUUCUCUCAUUUUGUUUUUAAUUGCAUUUUGCUGGAUAAAGAAACCCCUCAUCACCACUUUACUAGCGUCCCACACCAUGCACAUUCUUGUGCCUUUAUUCACAUUAUUUACAAAGUAGUCCGUUAGGCAUUUCUGUGCCCUUUCCACUAUCUUCUGAUCAUCCAGCAGGUUUUCAUUUAUUCUCCAUCUGAAAGAUUUUUCUUCAUAUCCUUUUAGAAUACAUUUAAUUGCAUUAUGAUCUGAGAAGACUUUUGAUUGUAUUUCAGUCUUUAAGGUUCUCGAUGUUAGUUCAUUGGAUAUCCAUAUCUGAUCAAUUCUUGACAUUGAUUGAUUUGCAUCUGAAGUAAAUGUGAAUUGCUUUUCUAAUAGGUGUCUUAGUCUCCAAAUGUCCGUCAAGUUACAGGUCUCUGCCAUUUCAAAGAAUGGUUUUGGAAGUUUCCCUUCUUUUGUUUUCCCAGAUGCCCGUAGUCUAUCCAUUUCCAGGAUAUCUGCAGAUUUUUGAUAAUUUCUACAACCAAUGUCACAAAUAGAGUAGGGCUUGAAGUGCAAUAGUUUUAGUAUAUUGGUGUGUCUCUAUAUUGUCUCUGAUGGGGAUGGUCCCCUCCUGUUUUUGUUAUAUGGAAGCUAGAAGCACCCCAAUUCCUUCUGACCAUUUUCUCUCUCUCUCCAGGACAGCCAUUUGACCCUCAAUUUCAGAUUCAUAAUGCUGUUUCAAAUAUCAUCUGUUCCAUCACUUUUGGGGACCGCUUUGAUUACCAUAACAGCCGUUUCCAUAAGUUAUUGCACUUGCUUGAUGAGGCGUGCCAUUUUCAGGGAAAUCUUUGGAGUAUGGUAGGUCUUCUUUGGGGUUUUUUUUGGAUAACCACAACAGAAUUGAUUUGGCUCCUUCAUUCUUGCUGACUGUUUAUUCACUUGCUUUGAGUUUUCAGGUUUCUUCAGCACAGAUUGUAUUUUUAAAGGGUGAGAAUAACAUGUUUGGCUGAAUAAAAUCUUGGUAUGGGAACAGAGGGAUGUCAUCACAAAUGAUAUACAUGAAUUAAUUCUACACAUACAGCAGUUAUGACCUGUAAAUUGACACUCAUGUCAAUGGGUAUCAUUAAAUAGAAAUUCUACAUAUUUGUGACAUGUGCAGGCAUUGAUACAUGCCUUUUUCAAAUGAUGGUAAUCAUCUUCAUGGGAAGUCAAUCAGUGAAUUAAAAGUUGUGCUUGCAGAACUGAGCACCAUGGUGCCAUUUGAUUUGCAGUCCAAACAUUUCUAACCAAGAAGUUAAGACAUUGCCAUAGGGUCCCAUCAUAAGCAAUGGUGAGUGCAAUAUUUGCUCUGGUUCCAGGAGAGUCUGCCAUCUUUGAACCUGUGCACACCAGCCUUUAUUACUGUUAGCCUCUUUCCCAUGACAGCAGCAUGAUGUAAAUGCUUUUUUGAGAGGGCUUUCCCUGCACAUAUGUGAUAUUAGUGUUUAUUUUUUCAGCUGUAUGAUACCAUUCCCACUGUCAUGAAAUACCUGCCAGGGCCCCAUCAGACAUUUUUUUAAAAAUGGGGGCAGUUGAAAUCCUUUGUGAGAGAAAUCAUUGAAAAACACAAAGAAGACUGGAACCCAUCUGAACCCAGAGACUUCAUAGAUGCCUACCUAAAUGAAAUGGCCAAGGUGAGAGAUAAAAAGGACAAAAAGUAUAUAUGUUUAAUAAUAAAAUAAUGGUAGAAGGCAGCGAAGCAAUGUUAAAAACCAGAACUAGUCACGUGGCUUGUCUGAAUGGUCCUUAGUGGCUGACAAUAUUCUUUCUGUUGAGUUUAUGACCUCAGAAAAAAUACAUUUCUGCAUGUAUGAAUAUGAAGUCACGUAUUUUGUGGGGCGACACCUCCCCACUUGUUCACAGGUGGGAUUUCACCACUUGACUGUUGUUUGUGAGAGCAAACAGUUGACAUGUCUAAAAGAAUCACUGUAGUGGAGGCAUCUCAUGACCAAAGGAUUCAGUUGCCUGAAUAAACCCAGACCAGGAAUUAUUGGAAGUCUUUCCUUGACCAGAACAAACCCAAACUUUAUGCCAGCAUCAGUGAUUCACAGGAGUGUUGACUUGCCCUUCCUAGAUGCAGGAUUAGAGUCACUGAAUCCCCUGGUGAUCUCUUGACAUAUGGGGCUGACAAUAGGAUGGUGUUUUUAAUGACAGCUUAACUCCCUGGUGCAUUUUCUUUGCUUUAAGGAGGAUGCCCCUUCCAGUUUCCAUGAAGAAAACCUCCUACAAUCAACACUGGAUCUGUUUUUUGCUGGAACAGAAACAACUUCUACAACCCUGCACUGGGCUUUGCUGUACAUGGCCAUUUACCCAGAAAUUCAAGGUAGAAUUGUAGUUGACUCAUUUGCCUUUCAUUACUUUGGGUUGUAUAUAACAAAGGCCUACUGAAAGCAAACCUAUUGAAAUUAAUGGACCUAACUUAGUCAUGUCUAUACUCAAGUAAUUUUUAAAAGAGAUAAAUAAAUAGACUACUGGUUUCCGUCGCGGACAGAGAGGGAGCGCAGAAAGCCUUUAUAUUUUUCUAUUUUUUUCCUUUUUUGUGCCUUUUUGUUUUCACUCCUGCUUCCCCCUUGUUGGAACUUAAAUGAUUUGUCAAUAUAGUAUGAUUAAUAAAAACCUCUCCCCCCCUAAUACUAUACAAAGACAAUAUAAAGAAGGAGGAAUAUAGUAUAAAGAAAGGUGGAAUCCGCUGAGAACUGUUGAAAAAUUGGGUUUAAGCUAACCCCCUUUUUUUCCCCUUCUUGGAGAGAUUUACAUUUAAGUGCUGAAGCAAAAAACAACAGAAUCAACUGGAAAGUGGAGGACAUUACUUGGAUUUGAGAACAUGAAUAGGAAAUUGGGACUUACUACUUUUUAGAUUUGGUCCAGUCCAAAUUAUUAAACCGCGGAUUAAGUCUUGGAUUAUUAGAUCUACCAGACUUCGGAUCAAGGUACGGACCAAACCGUAGAAUAGCCCUUAUUCGAUAUGGAUUAAGCCGACAAGUGGCUGAAGAUUAAAGAUUUUGAUGCGAACUGAGUGCUUUAUUUCCAGCUAAAAAAGGAAAUUACCUCCCCCUUAUCAGAAUCCACGUGGACUCUAGAAAGUUACAUUAAUAGGAAUAUUUUUUAUAUACGUAAUGGUCAUUUGAGUCUGGGGAAAAUUCACUGAAUCUUCAUUAGAUGUUAAGGUCCUAAGGGAUUGGUUUGGGAAUAUAUAUACCAUAUCGUCACACGUCAUUAGGAAUACAUUAAGAGUGUGGAAGUAAUUGAAGAAAAAAUAAGAGUAUAGGGAAUGUACUUAUGUUUUGUAGAUAAAGACAUACGGUUUGAGAAAAAUGGCAAGGUCGAGUUGUAUUUGGGCUGUAAUUGAAGACAUACUCUUUUAUUUUAAGUAUUAAUUCAUUUAAACGGAUUUACAAAUUUAUAUUAGUAGACAUUUUUCAAUGGACUAGUGGAUAUAUAUUGGAUGUAUUUAGGAGAUAGCUGAAUUAACUGAUAUUAGAGAUAUCACUUUGUUUGAAAACAAGGAAAAUACGACAUUAAGAGGUAUAAAGAAAAUUGUAAGAAGAUAAACGAAGAAAAGUAUAAUUGCAAGAGAACAAUACUGUAAAUUAAAGGAGAUUGGUUAAGAUAUAGGAAAAAUAAGGAAAGCAAAAAGAGAUUGUGCGCCCCCUAGGGGAGAGACAGAAAAUUAAAAUAGACAAAUUGUGAAAACAACCACAAAAUGUCAGGAAAAAACGGGGGGAAAGUAGGAGGGACCCCAGGAAAUAGAAAGGCAUCACGACAGAAGGAAGUUAAAGAUCUUGACAUUCUGUGGCUAAAGAUCAAAGAGGAAUUUAAACAGAGCGAACUACAUAUGGAAAGCAAACUAGGUGAGGUGCAGGAACAGAUAGAUAAAAAAACUGAAGGAACUGUAGGAGAACUCUCUAGUAAAAUACAAGAUUUGACAGUUAGGUCAAAAACAAUGGAAGAUACCAAUAAGAAAACUCAAAAAGAAAUGAAGGAACAUAAGAAGGAGACAGAAAAAAUAAAGGAUGAAAUAAGAGAUCUGAACAAAACACAAGAUCAAAUUUGGGAUAGUCUAGCCAUGGCAGAAAUGCGACAGAAACAACUUAAUUUAAAAUUUAGAGGAGUGGGAGAAGAAUCAAAUGAGAAUAUAAAAGAAAAAAUGAUUAAGGAACUAGCGAAAUGGUUGGAAAUAAAAGAAGAACUAGCACGUAUGGUAGUAAAUUCUGAAAGCAAUUAAGGUGAAAUCCCAACAGUUCAAGUCAAAAAAACUCUCCGGUGACUGUUUAGUGAUCUUCAACUCAACUGAGAUGAAGAAUACAAUAUUAAGAACGAGUUAUCGAAAAAAAUUAAUAAUUGAAGGCAGGCCAAUUAUCAUUUUUAAAGAAAUUCCACUCAGAAUCUUGCGUAAAAGAGAAGGAUAUAGACAAAUAAUAAGUGUCUCAAAAAGGAAUACUAUACAAUAUAGAUGGGAGUUUCCUGAAGGAAUCUCCUUCUAUUACAAAGACAAAAGAUUCAGACUGACAGAUGCACAAGAAGUGGAAAAAUUCCUAAGAAGAUACGAGAAAGAUCUUGGAAAAGUGGAAGAAAGGUAUGGAGGAGGAGAGAGAUACACAGAAGGGAAGAAAGGAAAGAAGGAAGAAAAUACGGAUAAGAGAGAGGGAGAGAGGAAGAAGAAGGUGACAUGGAGGAGGAGUGAGCAGUAGGUGGAGAGGAAGAGGAGGAGGAAGAGGAAGAAAUCACUGGAAAGAGGUCGACAAGAAUAUAAAUUAGAAAGACCAGAGCAGAUAGUAAUUAAAUAUUACAAUGACGUUGAAGGUAUUGUCUUGGAAUGUGAACGGUUUGAAUGAAAAAUCUAAAAGGAAUAAAAUUGAGAAGGUGUUAAAGAAUAAAAACUUUGAUGUGAUUUGUUGUCAGGAAACACAUGUGGCAAAAAAACACAAACAUAUUUUGACAAAUAAAAGGUUAGGGAGAGAAUUUGUCAAUUCAGAUAUUAACAAAAAAGAGGGGUAGUGAUAUAUGUGAAGGAGAAAUGGGAACCAAUAUUAACAUGUAAAGAUGACGAAGGAAGAAUUCUGGGAAUACAAAUUAAUCACCAGGGAGAAAAGUUUAAUGUAGUAACUGUUUAUGCUCCAAAUAUAAAUAAAGCAGAAUUCUUUAAGAAAUUGGAACAAAUGUUAUUAGAUCGGAGAAUCAUAAGUUGAUCUUACUUGGAGACUUGAAUGCUGUGCCAAUACCGGAACUAGACAGAAGUGCGAAAAGAAGAAAAUUGAAGCAAGGGAAGCUACCAAGAACAUUUAAUAAUCUUGAGGAAAAUCUAGACCUGAUAGAUAUCUGGAGACAUAAAAAUCCAACAACGAAACAAUUCACACAUUUUUCUGAACCACACCAAAGCUGGGCUAGGUUGGACCAAAUAUGGGUCUCAAGAGAAUUAACAACAAGAGCAGUAAAAUGUGAAAUUCAACCUAGAACCCUUUCUGACCAUAGCUCAGUAACUUUGGAGUUAAAAAGUGGAAUACAGGGGACAUACAGAUGGAGAAUGAACCUUUUUGAAAACGAUGAGGUAAUUGAGAAGGCCAAAAUAACUAUAAAAGAUUACUUUGAUUUGAACAUAAAUAAAGAAACAAAUAUUGACAUUGUCUGGGAUGCUAGUAAAGCAGUGCUAAGAGGGUUUCUAAUUAAUCAGAAUAGUUAUAAGAAAAAGUUAAGAGAACAAAAAAAGAAGAAAUACUUAAUCAAUUAAGAGAAUGUGAAAAAAAAUAAUAAUAAAUCCAAGUGAAGAACAGAUUAAACAAACCUACAGAAUGUUACAAACACAAUAUUCAAUUCUAAUAGGUCAAGAAGUGGAAUGGAGAAUUAAGUCAUGGAAACAAAUUUUUUUUGAAUUGGCUAGAAGAAAUCCAAGAGGUGAUAAAAAAGAUGAAAUUGGGGAAAGCUCCAGGGCCUGAUGGGUUAUCCGCUAAAUAUUAUAAAGUAUUGGAAGAACACCUAGCUCCUGUGCUGUGUGAAGUAACAAAUAACAUCCUAAGAGGAGGAAAGAUACCAGACUCCUGGAAGGAAGCAUAUAUUACACUGAUAUCUAAGCUGGAUACAGACAAACUGAAUAUGAAAAAUUAUAGACCGAUAUCACUACUAAAUAACGACUAUAAAAUCUUUGCAGAAGUAAUGGCUAACCGUCUCAAGAAAUGCUUAACAAAUUUUAUCCAUACAGAUCAAGCCAGAUUUUUACCUAACAGACAAUUAAAAGAUAAUAUAAGACACAUAAUAAACAUUAUUGAAUAUCUGGAAUGUAAGAAUGAAAUCCUUGCGGCACUAAUCUUUAUUGACGCCGAAAAGGCUUUUGACAAUGUAUCCUGGCAAUUUUUAUUAAGAUGCAUGGAAACAGUGGGGAUAGAGGGCACCUUCUUGGAGGGAAUAAAGGCAAUCUACUCAAGCCAAAGAGCUAAACUGAUAAUUAACAAUGACUUAACUGAACCAUUUGAAAUCUCAAAGGGCACGAGACAGGGAUGCCCUCUGUCACCUCUUUUGUUUAUUAUGGUAUUAGAAAUAAUCGCAAACAAGAUUAGAGUAACACCAGAGAUACAUGGAAUUAAAAUUGGGACAAAAGAAUAUAAAUUGAAAGCGUACGCUGAUGAUUUGAUGUUAUCAUUAGAAGAUCCACAAAAAAGUGUCGGCAGGGUAAUAGAAUUAUUAGAGGAAUUUGGAAAGUUAUCGGGCUUUAAGUUAAAUAAAUUAAAAACUAAAAUGAUGACAAAGAACAUGGAAGAAGUCUUGAAAAACCAGUUAGAGUCACAGAUUGGAAUUAAGGUGGUAAAAAAGGUAAAAUACUUGGGAAUAUGGUUAACCAUGAAAAAUAUAAAUCUAAUGGCGGACAAUUACUUAAAUACCUGGAAAGAAAUCAAAAAGAACUUAGAUACUUGGAACAGGAUAAAACUAUCAUGGUCAGGAAGGAUGGUGGCAAUUAAAAUGAAUAUACUUCCAAAAUUGGUGUUUUUAUUUCAAAAUAUUCCGGUGAUCAGGGGAACCAUAGUAUUUAAGGACUGGCAAAAAAAAUUAUCCAAAUUUAUUUGGCAGGGGAAAAGGCCAAGAAUUAAAUUUAAAUUACUUACAGACAGUAGAGAGAGAGUAGGAUUUGAGGUACCGAACCUAAAAUUAUAUUAUGAAGCCUCAUGCCUUUGUUGGAUUAAAGAAUGGAUUGUCAUAAAGAAUACAGACUUAUUAGAUUUAGAAGGUUUCAACAUCAGAUUCGGAUGGCACGCAUAUUUAUGGCACAACAAGGGAAAAGUACAUAAAGGAUUUUCCAAUCACAUCAUUAGAGGACCACUGCUAGAGGUAUGGGAAAGAAACAAAAAUCUGCUUGAAAGGAAUACUCCCUGGUGGUUGUCACCAAUUGAUAUUUUAACAAUUAAAAAAAUAAAUAUGGAAGGUGAAAGAUGGACAUACGAGGAUCUAUUGGUCAGUACAGAAAAAGGGUGGAAAAUUAAACCAUAUGAAGAGUUGAGAGACAAAUUAAUAGGCUGGCUACAAUUUCAUCAAAUUAAUGCUCUGUGGACUGAAGACAAAAAGAUAGGGAUGAACGAAAAAAAUCUAGAUUUCAGGUAGAAAUAUUAGAAGGGAAUUCCAAACUCUUAUCAAAAAUGUAUAAGCAAUUGUUAGAAUGGGACACUAAAGAUGAGGAGAUAAAAGAAGUUAUGGUAAAAUGGGCCAUAGAUUUGGGACAUAAUUUGGAAUAUGACAGUUGGAUAAAGCUUUGGAAUAAAGAUAUGAAAUUCACAGAAUGUGUUGCACUUAGAGAAAAUAUGGAAAAAAUGAUGUACAGAUGGUACAUCACACCUGUAAAAUUAGAUAAAAUUUAUAAGACUGGAGACAAAGUGUGUUGGAAAUGCAAAAAUAAGGAAGGAAGUUUCUACCAUAUGUGGUGGACUUGUGAAAAAAUUAAAAAGUUUUGGGAACUCAUUUAUAACGAACUAAAAAAAAUAUUUAAAUACACCUUUGUCAAAAAACUUGAAGCUUUUCUUUUGGGGAUGAUUGGAGGUGAAAUUAAGAAAGAGGAUCAGAUAUUAUUCCAAUAUGCAACAACAGCUGCUAGAAUAUUGAUAGCCCAAAAUUGGAAGACAACAAAUAUCCCAACGGUAAAAGAUUGGCAAAGUAAAUUAUUUGAAUAUAUAGAAUUGGCAAAAAUGACACAAAAAAAUAGAGACCAGAAAGAAACAAAGUUUAAGGAAUGGAACAAAUUCAUAACAUAUAUCGAAGCAGAUGUAAGAAAUUUAAAAAUCACAGUAGGUGCAAUAUAACCCUACGACGUGCAGAUGUUAUAAAUCGAAACUGCGGGGGGAAAACCUUUUAUUACAUAAUCCAAAACCGAGGUGGAGGGAAGUCAAUUAGUUGUAUGAUGUUCUUGUUUUUUCUUUCAUUUGUUGUUUGUUUUCCUUUUUGUAAUGAUUUUGUUUUGUGGUUGUUUGUGUUUGACUGUUUUAAUGGAAAUUAAUAAAGAGAAUUUAAAAAAAGAGAGAGAUAAAUAAAUAAAUUAAAAGCAGAAAUCGUUGUGGGAAAAUAUCCAAAAAGACAGGGGGGAAACAAGAGAAACAAGAGUCUAUUAUCAAUGGACUACUAACCCAGUUCACUAUCUGGGAACAAGGCUAACAGAACAAGGCUACUUAAUGCCAAGUGGCAUAAAUUAUUUUCAACCUUUUCAGGGAAAAUAGCAGCCAUUAAAAUAAUAACACCAAUCAUUGUUUUCAUUUCAAAAGUUAUAAUUAUUAGUUUGAGUAUCAAGGGUUUAGGAGUGUAUUCGGUUAUGAAAAUGCCAUUCCUCUGAUACUGUGGCUUUAUUCAAAGUCAUGUUAGUAAUGGUGAUAAUAAAUAGAAAUAAAUGAAUUGAUGAUCCUAACUUCGUCAUUAGUUUCAAUUAACUUUAAUGGGCCUAUUGAGUGGGUCUAGCUGUGAAUGCCACCCCUUAUUUUUGCUAUUGUGUAAUAGUUAAGAUGUUUUGUCUUUUGCUUGGUUACUAUGAAUCUUUGCCUCUAAAAUUAGACGCAAUAAUGAUAAAUAAAAAUAAUUAGAGCAGGUAAUACAACCGCGCAAUAAAGGCAAUUUCAUUUCUGCGGCAGAUGGAACAUUCCCUCUUCAGGCAGACUAACCAAAAAACCUCACCUUCCCCCAAGGAAAGACCUGGGUGAAGAAACAAGUCUUAAGGCAAUGCUGAAACUCCACUUGUGAAAGCUCUGUGACCAUCUCCAAAUGAAGGGAGUUCCAGUAAUGGGAUACUGCUACACAUCAUCACCACACAAUGAGCAGCCAGCGGUGGGACAUCAGGAUUGGCCUCCCCUUCAGAUCUUAGUUUAAGUCUCUUCUUCUGCCUCUUUUAUUUAUUUUUUUAAACAACACUUAAAACAAACAAGAUAGAAUAAAAAUUAAAAGUGAAUACAUGAAAAAAAUAAAGGUAUACUACAUUGCAGUGAGAAUUAACAAUUACAACUCCAUAUAUAGUUAUCUAAUACAGAGAUAUAAAAACCUCCAAUGAAGGAGAGCCCACAACCUCCCAAGGGAGUCCAUUCCACUGUAAUUGGGAGACAGACACGAAAGGUUUCCUGUUUUGCUGUGGGCCAUACUGUAAGAUCUGGGCUCCCUGCAUGGAGACUGAAGGUGUAAAUAGGUGAAUAAACCAUAUUUCUCAAAGCACAACAUUCUCCACCAUGUCUUCUGUUCUUCAUGGCCCCAUGCACUCUGGCCACUGCUUGGAGGAGAGAAGGAAAGGCACCGGGCUUCUGUAACAAUAUUAUACGAUUUGCUCACAUCUACAAUAAUAGUAAAUGCUAUGUUUUCUGCUACUUUAGAGGCACUAGACAAGGAUGUCCACUUUCACCUUUGCUUUUCAAUAUUUGUGUGGAACCCUUGGCUUGUGCUAUUGGACAACAUAGGUACUCAUAGGUAGUGUUGAUCUAGAGAAGUACAUAAUUCAGUUGAUCUGCAGAUGAUAUUCUUUUGUUUAUUUCUAAAUUUCAUGUUACUAGUCCUCUGCUGAUGCAAAUGAUAGGUGCCUUUAUUCAAAUAUCAGGAUACUCUAUUGAUUGGUCCAAAUCAAAAGUGAUGCGAAUAAGUGAAAAUUUGGUUAUCCAUCCAUUUAAUUAUUGAGUCUGUAUUUGUUCAAAUCCAUUAAAUUUUAAAGAUAGGCCUCCCCUGCAGAACUUAGAUCAAGUCUGUUCUUUUUGUGUUGAAAGCAGAUUUUCUUUUCUCUGCAGCCAAAGUCCAAGCGGAAAUAGAUUCUGUGAUUGGCCAGUCUCGCCAGCCAGCCAUGAGUGACAGGGACAGCAUGCCAUAUACCAAUGCGGUUGUUCAUGAAAUUCAAAGAAUAAGCAACAUUUUGCCUUCAAAUGUGCCCCGGGUGACAACUAAGGACACUAUACUGGCUGGGUUUCAUAUUCCCAAAGUAAAUAUGAAGAAGAUUCACCAUUCUUCUCUUCCUUCCAUCUUUCUUUAAGAUGCAAAAACUUGAAGCCAAAGUUGUUGUUUUUUGUUGUUGUUGUUGUUGUUGUUUAUACCCCACCCAUCUGGCUGGGUUUCCCCAACCAACCUGGGCAGCUUAUAGCAUAUAUAAAACAUAGUAAAAUAUCAAACAUUAAAAACUUCCUGAUAGAGGGCUGCCUUCAGAUGUCUUCUAAGGAUGUCACAGGGAGGGCACCACUACCAAGGAUUAGCCAUCAUGAGGUCCUCCAGAUGUUAUUGAACUCCAACUCCUACUAGUUCCAGUCAGCAUGGCCAAUGGGCAGGACGGAUAGGAGUCUUGGUUGUUCUUGGAGCACAUCCAGAUCUGGAGUGGAGGGAGGGAUUUGGGCUAAAUGGACUUUUAGGUCUUUUGACCCCUCCCAUUGCAAAAAUGGAUUCCAACCACAGUCUGAACCAUUUGAAUGGAUAGCUACUAUUCUUCUUUGCUUUCUUUUUUAAAUGACCAUUACUAACCACCCAAAACUACUACCCAAAACGGGCAUCUGGUGUUUCUUAUUCUAAAUCUAAAUGCCCUGGCAAAGUCUGGUAUUAUACAAUCUAUAAAGGAGCCUGUGUUUUCUUGAGUUGUGCAUAGGAAAUCUCUCAUUCAAAACAUAUCCUUUCUGAAUUGGCAGGCAGAAUUGGAGGCUUGGUAUUGCUGUAGUUGCACAGAUCAAAACAGAAAGAUUUCUAUGCUAGUUUUAAUCUGGUGUCUUCUCUGCUUCUUCUUUGGCAGGGAACCAUGCUGCUUACCAACCUGACCUCACUGCUCUUUGACGAGGAUGAGUGGGAAACUCCAGAUAUGUUUAAUCCUGGCCAUUUCCUGGAGAAUGGUCAGUUCAGGAAAAGGGAAGCAUUCCUGCCAUUCUCUACAGGUAACAAAAGUUCAUGGGCUGCUCAUCAGAAUUGCAGCAGUGACUAUAUGGUGGUGGCUUGGUUUCUGGCAGUGGCGUAGCUAGCCGCCCAGAUGCCCAGGGUGGCACAAAUAUCCUGCACCCGGGGAUGGGGCAAACCGGGGCAGAGCACUCUGGGCAGAACCUCCAUGGAGUCCGCAAGCCCCAUGUUGCUAUUUCAGGCAGCACUGAGCUAGCAGAUGCCCGAGCCACGUGUCACUCCCCAGGAGAGAUAUGUGGCUCGGGCACACUGCAGGCAAUGCCCAGUGGUCACCCCCCUCAGUGAUGACACCUGGGGUGGACCGCACCCACCGCAACCCCUUUCCUACGCCACCGGUUGCUGGGAUUCUGGUGUUAUUACAGAGUUCAGCACCCUAUUGGGGCCAGUGGUCACGUUUGGGAUUGGGAGGAAGUACUGUGGAUGCAAGUCACAAAAGGACUACUAUAGGAGGUGUGAAGUUACACAAAAUGGUGUUAAUACACUCCCCCCCCCCAGUAAGCAGUGUGGAUUUUUGAGGGAAUAGUUUCAGAGCUUUCUCAGGUGCCCUAAGUGGGAGAGGUGCUCCACAAGGCAUUGGGUGGACAGGAGCUGAUGUAUUUUUUCAUAGUUUCCCCAAGGAAGAGAAACCCACUUCCAUCUUGAACUUGAGGAACUGAGCUCUGUUUGCCACGCCCUUAGCUAAGUUAUAUGCAGAUUAGGGAGAUUCCUAAUAAAAUAUUAUUGAAAUUUAUCUCAUAUGCAGUUUUGGAGGAAAAUAUCAAUUGAUGUAACUCAAAUAUACAAUCUGGGGGGCAACACCUGGUGUACUUUUACAAUGGUGGACUCUAGACAAAUAUUAAAAAGCUUUGUGAAAAUGCUUUUUAAAGAAAUGUUUUGAGAAAGAAUAUUGAAUUUGCCAUAGCUUACCAUCGCCAUCUAAUGUCACAUUUGUAUAAUGCACCUUACAACACACUUAAAAAGUUUUAAUUUCACCUGUAUAGCUGAUUCCACAAUGUUUCCUCAAGGAACAGAAAACCCAGUUCCAUCUGGAACUUGAACAACUAAACUCUGUUUGCCACACCCUUAGCUAAGAUAUAUACAGAUUAGGUUGAUUCCUAAUAAAAUAUAAUUGAAUUUGUUUCAAAACUGCUUAUGAGAUAAAUUUAUGUAUCUCAAAUGUGUCAUUUCCAAAUUCUGUAAAACCAUGAUAAUAUUUGUUCAGUGUUCCCAUUUGCUUGACUGGGAAGUAGGAACGACUUCUAUAUUUAUUUUGCAACAACAUAAUUACUUUUUAAAUUAUUUGAUCUGCCCAUGUUAUUUAAAUUGUGCCACUCAGUGGAGAGCAAAAGCUCUCCACUGAAACAGUCUUUUCCCUCCUUGUCUUCUAGGAAAGCGAGCCUGUUUGGGAGAGCAGUUGGCGAGGACUGAGCUCUUUCUUUUCUUCACUGCCCUAAUUCAGAAGUUCACUUUCCAGGCUCCAAAGAAUGAGACAUUAAGCCGUGAAUUUAGGAUGGGUCUGACAUUCUCACCCCUGCCAUACCGGAUUUGUGCAUUUUCUCGCUAA